AUGGAAGACAAAGAAAACGUGAAAGAAAAGAUUAAGCAGCAUGUACACACUGUUGUACAAGGAAUUGAUGUUCAUUUGGGUACCUUCAGCUUGAUCUUGCCAAUUGUCAUUGCAGUUUUGGCUGUGUUGUUAACUGUUAUCGUGUUUUUGAGGAGGAAGAGUAAAAGAAACACUGUUCUGAUUGUUGGCCUUAGUGAUUCUGGAAAAACUUUUGUUUUCUCAAAGUUUUUGGGACAAGGUUAGUUUUUUUUCGCUUUGAUUUUUAGAAUUUUAGGCUAGUACAUUACUUUAACUUUGGUAGAGGAUGGUUUUUAGGUACUUUAGAUUGGUUUGUUGCAAGUUAGGAAAAUAGAAAUGAAGUAAUUUGUUUUUAUGGUCUUUAUUUUUGUAAGUUGAAUGUUUUAGGCUCAGAAUGGGAGUGCUACAAGUCCAUGACAGAAAACAAGGCAUCAAUAACUGAUGCUAAUGACACUCCAAUUGAAUUGAUCGACUUCCCUGGAGCUGAGAGGUUAAGAUCGUUGUUGUUCGAAACGUGGUUAGGAAGGGUAAGAUUUAUAUUUUAUAUUUGAUUUUUGGAUUUAUAUCAUUUUUAAUACUGACUUAGUACUUAUAGUAGUAAAAGUUAUAUUUUCGUUGCUAGUUAUAUCUACUUCUUGAGCGUUAUUUUGCAAAAACGUGUUUUUAAGGACCUAUUAUUUGUGGUUGCUUAUUUAUAUUAUUAUCGUUUAUUUAGUUAAAUUAAAAUAUUUUUAGAAUUUUGGUCAAGUACGAAGAGUGUUGUUUUUGAUUGACAGUGAUACGUUCACGAAGAAGGCUCGAGACAUUGCAGAAUUUUUGCACGAUGUUCUGUACACUACCAAAGACAACGUGUCAUUACUGGUCGGCUGCAACAAACAGGACUUGGAUACCGCCAAAUCUUCUAAAGCUAUCAAAACCUUGUUAGAAAAGGUAAGUUCUUAUUAAACUAUGAUAGUAUAAACCUGGAUUUGUUAGUGUCUUUCUAGUCAUCGCCUAAGUGUGUUCGUUUAUACCAAAUUUUAUCUUUCAGGAGUUGAGUUUGGUAUGUCAAACAAGAAACCGUACGUUAGAAGCAACCACAGAGACCACAGUACGAUCCCUGUCGCAGGACGGCGAAUUCUCAUGGUCACAGUUCUCUGAUAACGUCGAGUUCAAAGACUUUUCGGCUCUGGAUGAGAGCUCAUUAGACAGCGUCCGCCAGUGGGUUGUGGCUUCGUAA